UUUCAAUGAUUAGCUGAUUAUUCUCAGUUAUUUGUCUUGGAGACUUUGACCUAAGCGGUGGAAAGUAGAAUAGAAUUCAAUCGCAUUCCAAUAUGGUUCUGCUUGGACGGGUUAUGAAAAUCGAGAUGCUUUUGCAGAGAUCUUAUGCCAGCGCAGUUCCCACUGUAAAAAUGUAUUUAAAUGGCCAGUUUAUAGAAUCCAACGCAACAGAGUACACUGAUGUCCAUGAUCCAGCCACGAAUCAAUUAAUUGCUCGCACUCCAAAGUCAACGAAAGAGGAAAUGGAAGAAGCAGUGGCUAGUGCUAAAAAGGCUUACGAGAAAUGGCAGCAUACUAGCGUUAUUACAAGGCAGACAUUGAUGUUGAAGUAUCAGGCACUUAUCCGCGAACAUUUUAAAGAAAUAGCUUCAAAUUUAGUGAAAGAAAAUGGAAAAACCAUGUCCGAUGCUGAGGGAGACGUUCUACGUGGACUGCAGGUAGUUGAUGCCUGUAUAGCAAUUCCGACUCUUCAGAUGGGUGAAUCAACUCCGAACGUGGCGACAGACAUGGAUAUUAUAUCUUACCGGAUUCCCUUGGGUAUCACUGCGUCAAUUGCACCGUUCAACUUUCCAGCUAUGAUACCGCUUUGGUCAUUCCCCAUAUCUGUUGCGUGUGGAAAUACAACAAUUUUAAAACCUUCUGAGAGAGUUCCAGGUGCCUCUAUGAUCUUGGCUGAGUUGUUCACCAAAGCCGGAGCCCCGCCAGGUCUUCUCAAUGUUAUCCACGGACAACAUGAGGCUGUGGAUUUCAUCUGUGAACAUCCAAAUAUCAAGGCGGUAUCUUUCGUUGGGUCUGAUGCAGCUGGGAGGCACAUUUAUGAGAAGGCAUCAGCUAAUGGAAAGCGUGUCCAAUGUAAUAUGGCUGCUAAAAAUCACUGCGUAGUAAUGCCGGAUGCUAAUAAAAACAAAACAAUCUCUCAAAUUGUUGGGGCAGCGUUUGGGGCUGCCGGUCAACGCUGUAUGGCUCUCUCAGUGGCAGUCUUCGUUGGAAAAUCCAAGCAAUGGAUUCCGGAAAUCGUCGAGGCUGCCAAAAAACUCAAGGUGAAUGCUGGACACAUCAUAGAUGCUGAUCUAGGUCCGGUGAUUUCGCCACAAUCCAAACGGAGAAUUCUCGAACUUGUUGAGUCUGGAAUUCGUGAAGGUGCCAAAAUAGAUCUUGAUGGACGCGGAAUUAUUGUACCCGGCUAUGAAAAUGGAAAUUUCGUUGGACCCACUCUAUUAUCUGGAGUUCAGGCUCACAUGAAAUGUUACACUGAGGAGAUAUUUGGCCCUGUCCUACUAUGCAUGUUUGUUGAAACUUUGGAUGAUGCUAUCAACCUUAUAAACAAAAAUCCUUACGGUAAUGGAACUGCCAUAUUCACAACGAAUGGAGCAACAGCAAGGAGCUACGUUCAUAAAAUUGAAGCAGGUCAAGUAGGCAUCAACGUACCUAUACCAGUUCCUCUGCCAAUGUUUAGCUUUACAGGAAACAAAGGCUCAUUCCUCGGAGAUAACCACUUUUAUGGAAAAUACGGAAUUAACUUCCAUACACAGACAAAGACUGUUACCCAAUUGUGGAGAGCUCUCGAUGCCACAGACAUCGCAUCAUCAACAACAAUGCCAACAAUGCUAUGAAAAUAAAGAUAAAAUCGUUUUAUACUAUUUUCAACUAUUUUCAAAUAAAUGUGUGGAAAGCAAUAUAAAGAUUAUAGGUGUGAUAAUGACCAAUCGACUUCCACAAUGUUGUAAAUAAACAAAUAAUUAAAAAUGUA